AUGUUGAGCGGAAUCAUCAUCGUCCUCAAAUUGAUCAAAUACAGCUACAAGCAAGUGGACUCGCCGAAGAACAUCGUGAUCAUUGGCGCCUCUUUUGCCGGCUAUCAUGCCGCGAAGCUCCUUACGAACUCCCUUCCCACUGGCUACCGAGUUGUGGUUGUGGAAAAAAGCUCCCACUUCCAGUUCACAUGGGUAUUUCCGAGAUUCUCUGUUGUCAACGGUCAUGAGCACAAAGCGUUCAUACCGUAUGGACCAUAUCUCAGUGGAGCUCCAAAAGGCAGCUGGCUCAUGAUGCAAGAUACGGUCCUCGAGGUCGUCCAAAAUGCGAUCUUCCUGCAAAGUGGCGCAAAGCUGGACUACGAGUAUCUGGUUAUCGCCACAGGCUCUCAUGCAGGCGCUCCCUCGAGACUCAAUGUUAAUCAGAAGGAGGAUGGGAUCAAAGUGCUACGAGGCUUGCAAAAUCGCAUCCGAGAUGCAAAUAAUUUGAUUGUCGUCGGCGGAGGGCCUGCCGGGGUCGAGCUUUCCUCGGACGCAAAGAGUCUCUACCCGGAGAAAAAUGUGACUUUGAUCCAUUCUCGAAAGACACUACUCAACAAGUUUGGGACUAAGCUUCAUGACACUGCUUUGGCAGCAUUGGAAGGUCUUGGUGUGCGCGUGGUUCUGGGUGAGCGUAUAGGACCCCAUGAAGAAGGAGACAUGCACGUCGUGUUGGGCUCUGGAGAAAGUAUUCCUUGCGAUCUAUUGAUUAGAUGUACAGGCCAGAAAGCUGCGUCUGAAAUCAUCGCCACCCUGUGUCCUGACUCGCUCUUGCCAGUGGGUGGAUUCCUUAAGGUGAAAGGCACACUACAGAUUGCAGACGAAAGAUUUGGAAACAUUUUCGCUGUCGGUGAUGUUAUAGAUUCUCCUGGACCUAAGAACGGCCGCUCCGCUAUACCGCUGGUCACUUAUAAUACGAAUCUGUUGAUGGAAGGUGGAAUAGAGUUGACUCUCGGCAUGGAUAAGAAUGUACUCUACAUCACAGAUGGGGCCAGGGAUAUUCUUCUGCACUCGAAAUCGAAGGAUGUAGCUUUAAAGACCAAGUCCUGUUGGAAACAUAUGGGCGCAGAGCCAUUUCUGGAUGAUUCUUCGAAGGAAACCUGA